CUUUUCUCGGGCUUCUUGGCUCAUUUGCUGUGAACACAACAGAAAGGGGAAAUUGUCCCUGCUGGGGGGUGUGUGAAUCCUUCAGCCCACUGCCCGCUGGAGGAGCUAGAAGAAGCCGGGGAGUUUCGCUGCCGGCUGCCCCCCAAACCAGCCAUGGCUGCUGCGAAUCCAGCACAACAGCUCCUAGGUGAAGUGACUUGUUCAGUGUGUCUAGAUUAUUUUAAAGAUCCAGUGUCUCUAGAUUGUGGGCACCAUUUCUGCCAGGCCUGCAUCACUCAGUACUGGGCGGUGCUGAGUACAAACUUCCCCUGUCCUGAGUGCAGAGAAACCUUCUCCCAAAGAAACUUCAAACCAAACAGGCAGCUGAGGAAUAUUGUAGAAGCUUCCAGAAAACUUACACUGGAGCCAGCAAAAGAACCAGAAGUUGGGACAGUGUGUGAAAAACACAAUGAGGAUUUAAUAGUCUUCUGCCAAGAGGAUCAAACAGCCAUUUGUUUGGUUUGCCACCUGUCCCGAGAUCACAGAGAACACCCUGCGGUUCCCAUAGAGGAGGCUGCUGAGGAUUACAAGGACCAAAUUCGGAGCCGUUUGGUGAUUUUGAAGAAAGCAAGAGAAGCGAUUUUGUCAUUUAAAUUGAGUGGGGAAAAUAAAAGCCAUGAAGUGCUGAAACAGCUAGAAACUGAGAAGCAGAAGAUUGUGUCUGAAUUUCAGCAACUGCGUCAGUUUCUGGAGAAACAAGAGCGACUCCGGCUGGCUCAGUUGGAAGAGCUGAAUAAGGAAAUUGAAAAGAGGGGGGCUGAGUAUGUUGCCAAAUUAUCUGAGGAAAUAUCUUCUUUCAGUUCCCUGAUCAGUGAGAUGGAGCAGAAGUGCCAGCAGCCAGCGAGUAAAUUCCUGCAGGACAUCAAAGGCACCUUGAGCAGAUGUGAGAGGGAGAAGUUUCCGAACCCAGUGGCCUUUUCUUCUGACCUGAAAUGGAGAAUCUGGGAAUCUUCUCAAAGAAAUGCCUCUCUGGAGACCAGAAUGAAGAAAUUCAAAGACUCUCUGUCGUCUAGACAGCGCUUGAACAAAGCGAACGUGACCCUGGAUCCAGACACGGCCCAUCCCCGACUCAUCCUGUCUGCGGAUCGGAAAAGUGUGAUAUGUGGAGACAGACGGCAGGAUCUGACUGACAACCCUGAGAGAUUUGACGCUGAUUUCUGUGUGAUGGGCUGUGAGGGAUUCACUUCGGGCAGACAUACCUGGGAGGUGGAGGUGGAGGGGGGGGGAUUCUGUUUUGUGGGGGUGGCCCGAGAGUCUGUGAGCAGGAAGGGAGAGAUCAGCUUUAACCCUGAGCAGGGGAUCUGGGCUGUGUCGUGCAGUGAGGAUCAGUACUGGGCUCUCACAUCCCCUGAGCAGAUCAUCCCCUUCCCCCCGAGCCGGGCACCCUGCAGGAUCCGGGUUUAUCUGGACUAUGAACGGGGGCAGGUGGCGUUUUUCGAUGCUGGUACCGGGGACCCGAUCGUCACUUUCCUGCCGGCCUCUUUCACCGGGGAGAGAAUCCGCCCGCUCUUCUGUGUUGUUGGUGUUAGUAUGCGGCUCACACUGUGUCCCUGA